AUGGCAAAUGCUAUUAGUUUCGUUUAUCCAAUGACAAAGCAUAAUUUGUAUGAUGUGCCUUCAAAAUUCUUUAGACAUAUUAAUGAGAUUUGCAAAGAAUUUUUAACACCACAUAUUCUUGCAGUAACACAAAAUCAGAUGAAGCAUUCAUUCUUUUACGAUGCUUAUUUGAUGGAUAGAAACUUUAUUCAACAGAUUGAUAAUAUGGAUUAUGAUGAAGGUUUUCGAGAAGAUGAUUAUGAAACACCACAAAUUUUAUUACAGUCUAUGAUCAGAAAUAUACAAAAUGUGACAAUCAUCAAAAUCUGGGAGAUUAAACCGGAACUUUCACAAACAAAAUCACAUUUUGUUAUUUUAAUGUUAGAUGAAAGUCAUUCUUGCACCUGCAAUUUCUUGAUAUCAUUUGGUAUUCCUUGCAGACAUUUUUACAAAGUUCUUAGAAAAAGUCCAGAAGCUAAGUUUCAUAUUUCAUUAAUAAAUCGACGCUGGUAUCAUGACUUAAAGCUUAGUAUUACUGACGAGGAAUUGGCUUUAUUAAAUGUAAUAUCAAUUGUUGAAGAUAGUUCCGAAGCAACAGUUUAUAGAGAAAUGAACUUUGGUUAUAUUCAUCAAGUCCGUGAUGGUCAAGUUUAUACAGAAAAACUUCAAAAGCAAAAUAUGGAAGAUGAAAAACAACAAGAAUUACUCCAAGAUAUUGAUAAAGAGAAUAUCGAAAAUAACCAUCAAGAAAAUAAUGAACCUAAUAUUAUUUGUUCUAAUCCAGUGACUUCAAGGCGACGUGGACAUCCUCCAAAUCGGUAUUUAAGUGAAGGAGAAACUGCAAACCAAAAUAAGAAGCGAAAUGUAACUAAUUUGGAGUUAGAGCAUACGACAGAAAAUGAAGUUAAUGAUGGGGAUAAUAAAAAACAAAGAAGAUGUAAGGGUUGUAAAGGUAUAGGUCAUGAUUUGCGCAAUUGUAAAAGUAAACCUCUUAGUGAAAGAAAUUAA